AUGAUCACUCUGACUAUCGUACGACACGGCGAAUCGACUGACAACCUGAGACCUCUCUGGGCUGGAUGGUCAGAUGCCCCUCUCUCAAACCAUGGCAUGAAUCAAGCCAAAGCACUCGGACAGUCGUUGAAGGAUACCCGAUUCGACUACAUUGUGGCUUCCGAUCUCAAGAGAGCUCACUGGACAGCUCAACAGAUACAGUCAAACCAAGCUACCCAACCGCCUUUAGACACGACUCAGCUCUUGCGGGAACAGGGCUUCGGGGAAGCCGAGCAUCAGCCGUUUGGUAACAGUGAUGGCAAGUGGUAUCGCAAGCCUGGACGAACCUUUGCAUUUCCAGGAGGCGAGACGCUUGAGGACGUCCGCAACAGAGCCAAGCAAGCAAUCGAGCAAUAUAUCGAACCGAUCCUGCAAGAAAGCCGAGGGAAACCGCCUUCAGACAAGCAUGUGGCCGUAGUCGCGCACGGUAUCUUCAAUUCAGAGUUCCUGGGAGCGUUGAUGGCUAGAAGGAAAGGGAAUGCGCCCCUGGAAUGGCAGUACAGAGGAAUGACCAAUACUGGUUGGACGAGGGUCGAGGUCGGGUACGCUGACGAGUCCGGAUCAUCCACCACUCCCAAGAUCAGCACAAACCCCUCCGAGCCUGUCCAUCCGUCUUCCAACCCUUCUGCAGCCCCUCCCGCCAAAGCCAAAGACCUCGCUCUUGAGCCGCUGACUAUCAAAAUUAUCAGUACGGAUGUGACGAGCCAUCUGUCCGGGGUUGUGAGGCAGAAGGGCGGCAUCGGAAGUCAGGGGUACGAUGCCAAACAGGAGGAUAUUCGAAAGUUCUUUGGCGGCGGAGGGCAGUGA